UACGAGAACUUCACAUCUGUGCACAUUUUCGGCGAAAUAAUAUGCUUGCUGGCCAUUUCAAUUCGCAUUUUGUUUUGUCGAUUGUGUGUUUUUCAUUGUUUGUUUGUUCUCUAUGCAACACGCAUUCGACAUUUACAUGAGUUCGGCAAGCCUUUUGCACUUAUUCAGUUGAAGUUAGUAAUUUUUUUUUAGUGUUGUGCAAAGCAGCGAUCGUUUUAAAACGUAAAACAUAAUUUUUGAAAAUACGAUUAAUUUCACAGCUUUUUCAACGCCUUUUUCUUCUGCUUCGUCUAUUGAACGUGUCGCCAAUGUGACGUUGGUAUGUUAAUGCAUAUCGAAUGGUGUAUAAAAAGUAUUAAAAUUCAAACAAAAAUCUAAUUUGAUUAAAAAAAAACACUAGUGCAAUUCUAGACAAAUAUUCUUUUCUAAUUGGUUUUGUUUUGGUGCCGAGAAAAUACGAGAAAAUGAAACAUCUUAAAUAUCGACAAUGAACAUGACACAGUAAACAUUUAAAUUGAACGAAUAAUAUUACAUAAUGAAUAAAAACAUUUAAACAUUUUGUUUGUGCUGCUCUGGUAAGCGAUAUAAAUCAACGAACGGAAAUUUUGAGAAAAAUCGAACGAAAGAUAUGCCUCUCUAUAGCGAAUUAAGUUAUUAUCUUCCAAAUAAUUCGGUUUAUUCGGCGAAUCGUAGUCCAAUAUCAUCGUCACCAUAUUCGCCAUUUUCACGUUUAAAUCCAUACAUACCACCACCGCCACGACCAACAAUUUACACCAAAGAUGGCCAAUUCAAACCGAUACUCACAUCAAUAUCCGAAAGUCCUAUGGCUGUGUCAUCGAUUCGCACGAAUGGCUUGACCUCAUUGACUCGAAUCAAUUCCGGUAAAACAUAUAAUUUUCUACGAACGCCCGGUACUUAUGUGUCACCACGACCCAUUCGAAUCGAUACAGCCGAUAUUGAUGUGUCUGCAUCGAAAUUUCAUCGACAUCGUAAUGCACGCAUUCGGUCCACAUCACCGGAACCGAUUAAAAAAGACAACAACGACAAAGAAACGAACAAUGAAAAUAAAACCGAUAAUUCAGCAUUUAUGCCACGCAUUGAUCAAAAUGAUCCGAUCAAUACAAGGGCGACAAUCAAACGUGAUCGAAAUAUUGUACGAUUGUCGACAAUGCGUCAACGCAGUCAAUCGCACAGCAAUCGAAGUUCACAAAGCUCAAUAAAAAAUGAUAGAAAUAACAAUAUCAAAAAUACUAAUAGUAAUACAAAUAAACGAUCGUUACCAUCAACACCAACUUCACCAUCGAUACCAUUGUCUCCGUCGUCAACUGGUUAUGACCACUCGAGUUUGUUUAAAAAAAGCAGUAGCCAAGAAUCGGACGAUUUGCAUACGGAAUACGACACAAAAUCAAAUGUAAAAAGAUCAUGGCGCGAUAAAUUUGGUGAUUCAUUGCAAAUACAAACACCAAAAGUGGUACGAAAAACACCCGGCGAACUUAUACUCGAACGCCAUAUUAUUCGUGACAAAAGUGAUUCGUUGAAAGUUCCAAUCGAACCAAAUCCGACAAUCGUUCGAAUUCCAGACAAUGUAACGCCACAGGAAAUCACCUAUUUGGAACCGUUAAUUCGAAAAUCAAUUCGACGCCAAAGUUUGAUAACGUGUCCAAGCUUUAAAGAUAUUUGCAAAGAGAUUUCUGAAUCGGAAAUCAAAGCCCAAGACGAUCUUAAUGCAGGUGAUUUGCGUCGACGUGCAUCAUUGAUACUGGAACAAGAAGCACAAAUUCUGGCACAACUUACACAAAUUCGCCGACCAUCGGCCGAUGUAACUGUUGAUAAAGCGAUCGAUGAAGAGCCGAACACCGAUGAAAUUUCUGAUAAAACCGACACUGAAUUGAGAGAGAGCAAAGACGUUACGAUUGAAAAAUUCGAUGAAAAACCAAAAGAUCCACCAAAUGUUGAAAAUGUGAUUGUAAUUAAAAAGAAAACAAAGAAAAAAGGCGGAAAAUUAAAGCAUAAAAUCACCGUAACCGUUGAAGUGGAAAAUCCAAAAGAACCGCAAAUUACAAUUGACACGCCACCAUUAACACCAUCAAGCGGUAACGCGAAAAUUAGUCCGACUUGGAGAGCCGUGGUUGAAGAAAUCAAAGAGGAUGUUACAUUAAAUUUGCCGAAACGAAAUGAUGUUAAAACCACAACAUCAUCGAAGCCGGCCACCGUACAUUCAACUGAAAAUGAUGAAGACUUUUGGAAUUUAAUUGGACGACGUGAAUCGGUUUAUUUCAAGAAAAAGGUUGAUUUAAAACGAGAUGAAAUUGAAAUCAUUGAAAUUAUCGAUAAAAAUGAGACGAAUAAUGUUGAUGGUGGUGAUGGUGGUGAUGCAGCUGAAAAGCAAUUGGCCGCCAAAAAUGGUGCAAAAAAAUCAAUUGAAAUUGAAUUAAAUGCGUCGCCACAAAUUGACGAAAAACAUGAACAACCAAAAGUCGAUGCAAAAUCAAAAGGCAAAACGCCAACAGAUAUUAACAUAAAAGCAAAGGAAAUCACUCAAGAAAAAGUAGGAAAUAAAGUACUUGCGAAUAAGAAUUUGAAAACCAACAAUAAUAGCAUCAGCAGCGAUGACUUGAAUAACAAGAGCGUUGACGGCGUGGCAUCAGGCAAAGGUAUCAUUGCGACAAACGCAAAUUUGCCAAAGCAAGCGAUGGGUAAAAUUGAAAAGGCCGUAGGUAACAAGGAAACGAUUGCCAAACCAAUGGAAAUAAAAUCAAUGGAAAGUAGCAACGCCAUAUGCCCGAUAAAUUUAAUAGAAAAUGUUACAACGGCAACAAAUAGCAAUAGCAACAACGGCAACAAAACGACUUGUCACGAACAUAAACAAACAGACAGAAGUGAUGUGAAAGCACCUACGAUGAUGCAAACCGUUCAUCUAAAUUUAGAGACUGGGCCACAGGCCAACAAAACAGUAGUAGAACCACUACCAGCAAUAACAACAGCAACAGAAACAGAACAACUAAAAAAAUCGAAACAGAAAGAAACAGCAGCGUCUACCCAAAAUGCGCCCAUAAAAACUGAAAACGAUAAAAUUCUACCGAAAAUAACAACAAAAGCAGCGACAACGUCAGCACCAGAAAAGGUAGCAAAAAAAUCAAAUGAUUCCAAUUUACCAAAAAGCCCUGAUGAAAAGCCAAAAGCUAAAAAGGUGGUUAAGAAAAAGGCAACGGCAGCAGCGGCAGCAGCAGCAACAGCAGCAACAGCAAUUGCGUCCGCUGAUGACAAAACAUCAAAGUCACCUGUCAAAUCGAAACCAAAGAAAAAAAUCACCAAGAAAGAUGCAAAUGGCAGGGAAAUUGUCAAAGUAAAGUCCAUGUCGUCAUUUGAAAGUGAAACCAAUGCCACAGAAAGCACUACAGACGCAGACAUAUCGGCUGCAUCUGCAUCGAUUGCAUUGACCGAAACAAUUGAACCGAAAUUAUCAGACCGUGGUAAUGAUAAUGAAUCGAAAUUGAAUUCAAUUGCGGGGGCGAAAAACAACACAGUGUCCGAUACAAUUGUAAAUCCGUUCGAUAAUAUUGAGCAUCGAAACGAUGACGACGAAAAUGAAAACGGCAAACGUAACAGAAGCGACAACGGCGUUGGUGGUCUAAGCAAAUUUGCAACGGUUGCCAAUUUGAAUGCAGAAUUCAAAAUCGAACGUCAAUCGCCAUCAAUCGAUCUAGUGAACGAUCGCAGUCGCAAUGAGAUAUCCACAUUCAGUACGCGCAGCAUAGCGGACAGUUGCAUCAGUGGAGAUGAAACAUUUGAUUUGAUUUUGGAUUUGGACAGCAAUUCGGAAAAGUAUAGUGACAGUGAAACGGACGACGGCAACGAAAUGGGUAAGCAUCGGCAUAAAAAGCGAAAAGAGAAAGUUCUCGAUCCGCGAAAAAAAAUGAAAUUGGAUCCAAAACGAAAGUGCUAUGUGAUGGAAGAAUCAUCAAAAUAUCCGAUGAUUGCAACACCUCGUCCCUUGGCCAAACGAUCAAAUUAUUGUGGAAAUUAUGGCGAAAGUGAAAGUGAAAGCGAAACAAGCAGUGAUAUUUCUAGCUCAGACGAAUGUUACGACGAAUGUCUAUCGCCAAAUGAUAUUGUGGUUAAAGAUGUGAUACGAAUGAGCACGUGCAGCAAUGAUUCGGGCUUUGAAGGCGGUGGCACAGCACCAUCAACUCCCAAAAAAAUGCUUGAUUGUGAUGUCAAUUGUCAUAAAAAAUGUCAAAAGCUAACAGCCAAUUUAUGCGGAGUAAAUCAGAAAUUGAUCGUUGAAGCGUUAUCAUCAGUACGUCGAGGUGCACGGGAGCAAUCAAGUACACACCAUGUGGCAAUUGCUAGCCAAAAAUCAACAUCCAAAUCUUUUGAGACUGCCGAUAGUAAUAAUUUGGAAACAUCAUACACUUAUGCACAAUUUCAACGAUCUGGAACGAUAACCGCACCGGCAACAUCAAUACCACGUUUCAAAAAGUAUUCGGUCGAUGAUUUUCAUUUUUUAACCGUUUUGGGCAAAGGAAGCUUCGGAAAGGUUUUGCUAGCGGAACUCAAGAACACGGAAUUCUAUUAUGCGGUGAAAUGCCUGAAAAAGGAUGUUGUUCUCGAAGAUGACGACGUUGAAUGCACACUGAUUGAGCGGAAAGUAUUAGCUCUGGGUACAAAACAUCCAUAUCUAUGUCAUCUAUUUUGUACAUUUCAAACAGAGAGUCAUCUGUUUUUCGUCAUGGAGUAUUUGAAUGGCGGCGAUUUAAUGUUUCACAUACAAGUAAGCGGACGCUUUCCAGAGCCACGUGCCAAAUUCUAUGCCGCCGAAAUCAUUUCGGGAUUGAAAUUUUUGCAUAAAAAAGGAAUUAUUUAUCGAGAUUUGAAGUUGGAUAACAUUUUAUUAGACUUCGAUGGUCAUGUUAGAAUUGCCGAUUUUGGCAUGUGUAAAUUGCAGAUUUAUUUAGAUAGAACGGCCGACAGUUUUUGCGGCACGCCCGAUUACAUGGCACCCGAAAUUAUCAAGGGUCAAAAGUAUAAUCAACACGUUGAUUGGUGGUCGUUUGGUGUACUCCUUUACGAAAUGCUUAUUGGACAAUCGCCGUUCAGCGGUUGUGAUGAAGAUGAGCUUUUUUGGAGUAUUUGUAAUGAAAUUCCAUGGUAUCCAUUUUAUUUAUCCAAGGAAGCUUUAAAUAUUUUAAGUAAAUUAUUAGAAAAGGAUGCAAGUGUUCGACUGGGUGCAUCAACCAGUCCACAUGGUGAAAUCACAGAUAAUGUUUUCUUCUAUGAAAUUGAUUGGAAGAAAUUGGAGAAGAGACAGUUGGAUCCACCAUUUAAACCGAAAAUUAAACAUCCAUUAGAUACACAGUAUUUUGAUAAAACGUUCACGCGUGAACGCGUACGAUUGACACCGAUCGACAAAGACAUUUUACAAUCAAUUGAUCAACAUCAAUUUCAAGGAUUUACAUACACAAAUCCAAAUACUACACCGCCUUAGUUUUGCUGUAUGCUGUUGUUUGCUCGUUUUUUGUUUAACAUAUGAUUUUGUUUCUAUCUAUCUCUCUCUCUCUCACACACACACUCACUCACUCAUGUCUGUUUCGUGCAUCGAAACGUUUAUCAACGUAUACAUAAACUUUAUUCAUAAUUUUGCACACACACACACAAAUCACAACAGUCAAUAUACUGCAAUAAAAGUAAAGUGGAAAAAGGAUGCUUAUUAUCUUAUAUUAAUUGAUAAUUUUAAUAAUAUUUUCUAUUAGGUAAAGCGAUCAUUUAAUUUGUAUGUAAAUUGCUUCGGGUUUCGGCUCUUAGAAGCAACAGAACAAAAUGUAAAAUUUCUCAUUUAUUAUGAAUAUUCAAUAAAGCCAUUAGUUUUGUUAAAAUUGA